AUGAGAUUCCUAUUCCUGACUUUAUGUCUCCUCUUACAUCCAACUGCUAUUUUAUCACUAGCACCAGCAAUACCCGGUGAUUCUGUGUUGAUACCAGAACCAUCUUCGUUUAUUCCAUCUCGAACGAGCACAUUCAAUACACCGACCAUCACCAAUUCUCCCCAAACCUUCGACCCUCCGCCUCAAUUCCACGAGGACGAAGAACCACAUGAAAGACACGGCCGAGACGAACAGGAUAAACGGGAAGAAAGGGACGAGAAAGACAAUAAGUCUAGUCAGACCGAAGACGAACGAAAAAAAGAAUCAAGCGAUAAAAGAGUUAGAAGCAGCGCACUCCACGCUACCACAAACACCCACGGAAAGACCGUCAUCGUAACAACAAUCAUUAUCGUGUCUAACCCAGAUCCCGACCAAGUUUUCCGUGCUAUGGGCGACGGAGACGACAAGACAAAGCAGUCCGGCGACCAGAGCUCUUCGACUAUGACCGAUCCAAAUAGCUCAAACUCUGAUGGGCAGAACUCAUCUGGAGAAGCACUCGGGAAUGGCUAUCAGCGUAAAAAGAACGAAGUUCGUCGAAUGGUAACGAUUGCCUCUCUUGUCGGUGGUCUGGGUGGUGUUUCUGUCAUAGCAGCUGCUAUCAUCCUCACACGCGUUCGCAUCCGAAAGCGACGGGAUAUGGCAGCCAAAAAUAUCCACGCCGACGAUUCUGACGAUGAUAAUGAUAGCAGCAAUGAUAAUGAGUUUGAUCUGCCUCUAGAUAUCGAAAACGGUGGUUCGUCUCCACAAGUUCGAGAAAUACAGACUUCGGACAACGACCACACCAACCGAAAUGUGAGCCAAGAUCGUUCUCCGCCUGAGCCCUCUGCACCACCUGCACCGUUGUCACCUUCCCUAGGAAAUGUUCAAGGUGUGGUGUACGAACCUUGUCCUCCCCGAAGGACCAUGUCGAUGCAACUCCAAAGCUCUUCACCUCUUCCCUCAGCACCAACCAUCAAAGAGCUCGAUGGACUGGCAAACGACUACCACAGAAUGCCCCCACUCUUCCAAAUCCAGGCCAGUUCAUCUCACACCAAUCACUCUGAUUCAUCUCAUCCGUCAUCUUCUACUGCUUCUUCCGCAUGUCCUCACUGCAAACCAGUAGAACUUUUGGUUCCACCAGAAGUUCCCCCACCAGCCUACACCCCAAGUGCACCUCCUCUUUACACAAUACCACCCGCCAAUGCUGGCCAAGGAUCUUCAAGUUCUUGCCCUUCUUCCCCACAAAACUCUGAUACCUGUGGAUCCUGA